AUGGCUUCAUCAUCAACAUCUCUUGCCAAGGCCAACUCCAUCUUCAAUCUGGCGCUGUUCAAACAGCUGAGUGAGGAUGACCAAAAAGCGAAUAUCUUCUACUCUCCUUUCAGCAUCUCCUCAGCUCUAGCUAUGGUGAUGCUGGGAGCCAGAGGCAACACUGCUGCACAGAUGUUAGAGGUAAAAACACACGCUGAAACACACUCUCAAUACAGUGAGAAAUUCUCACAGUCCUAAAGAAACCUGUUUGGAACCCAGUCAAGUGAUCAGAGGCCGUUAAAAUCAUGGAUCAGGUUCACUGAGGUGCUGGAAUCAGGCCAUCCUUCUCACUGCUGGAUAAAUGCCCAUGAAAAUGUCGUGGGUUCAGGUUUUCUUUCUCGUUGUGUUAUUUGUUUUUAUGUAUCAUUGUACAGCACUUUGGCUACCCUUGUGGUUAUUUUAAAAUGUACUAUAGAAAUAAAGUUGAUUGAUUGAUUGAUUGAUUGAUUGAUUGAUUGAUUGAUUGAUUGAUUGAUUUUCAGGUUCUGUCAUGUGCACAGAAAUACUGAAAUAAUUCUUACAGUAUUUUCAUACAGGGAUGUUUCUACUCAUGCCUCUUCAUUACUUCAAUGCUACUGAAGUAAUCAAUUUUGAGGAAAUUAAUAUAAAGACUUAUGGACAGAUAUGUAUAAUAAAAGGUGUGGCUGAGCGGACUCACAGGUGGGCAUGAUGUAGUUGGGCACCAGGAGGCCCGCCUCAGCUCCACCCCUCAGUCUAUUUCUAGGUCAAAGCAACAUUUCUGAUAUGGCAUCCUUUGACUUGAAGACACUUCAUCAGAAAGUCUGCUCCACCAAACAUCUCAUAACAAGCAUGUUGUUGAAGUUGACCUGAAUGAACCCGAUGAUGAUAGAAAUGAUCUGCACCCUCAGGUCCUAGGCUUCAAUGAGAGAGAUCAACCAAAGAAGCCAGAGGAAGAAGAGCAGAUGCAGAUGCAGAUGCAGAUGCCAAUGCAGAUUCCAGUGCAUAUGCAGACACGGCAGCAGGCAAGGAUGCAGUCACAGCAGGUCAGCAGAAAGCCUGAUGUGAUUAUACGGACAGAAUGAAAGCAAUGAUGAGUUAUAGGAAGUGUCUGUCACCUGUUAAGAAGAUAUAUUGUACCACUCUUUCCAGGAAAAAUUCUAAUAUUUGCUGCAACUUUAAUGUCAGAGUUUAGAUUUUCAGAGUGAAUGUUCAGCCUAUAAUAAAGCAUAUAUUUUCAGCAGAUGGAAAACUUUCUUUUCCUAAAUUUUUAUGGGUUUGAGAUUUAUACGAUGGCUAAAGUGUGUGACCACCUUCAUUAAAAUCCUGCUGGCUUAUUUUUGGUUUAUUUUUGAAUUUACAUGAUUUUGUUAAAUCAUAUGUAUGAUUUUUUUCCUUAAUCAAAUACAGGCAGGCUCCCAUGACCUGAAUGCGAAGUCUCUGAGAAUAACAACUUAUCCCUAUGUUAGAAGCAAAACAAACAGCAGGCAAAGCCUUGUGGUGCUGCUUGGUAUGGAAGCAGUAUCAGUAGUACAUUUACUUGACUUUGACUGUAGCAUAACCCUGAUUCACCAAACCACCCGCUCCUAAUGCAUCAGCUCUCAGCUGGAACAUUAUCAUUCUCCUAAUUGAGAAGGGAAACAAUAGGAUCACUUUUAAGGUUUAAAAACUGUUGCAAUCAUAGACUAUAUAUGUCUGUGUCUUUCUCAUUAUUUCAGCCAGCAAACUGAAAGACCAUAAAAUUAACAUAAUAUAAAGCUGUCAAAGCUGUUCCAUGCUCUGCCAUACCUCACUGUCUCUUUAGCAUGUAUGUCUUCUGUGGCACUUCCACAGACAGGUGGUGUUGAGGAUGUCCAUGCUGAAUUUGGCAAUCUGCUCACCUUACUCAACGACCCGAGCGCCUUUUACUCCCUGGUUACUGCAAACAGACUGUACGGGGAACAGUCCUUCCUGUUUCAUGAGGUGAGUGUUCAGGUUAACUGGAUUUUAAGACAGACAUGGCUGUGAGCAUAUUCAGCUUAGCCUAAGACAAACUCAGUGUCUUUUGCAACAACUGAAUCAAAUGUUGAAUAAUCACAUUAGAUUGUAUUUAUUUUCUUAAUGAAACAAGAUAAUGGACAUGAAAUACACACACACACACACACACAUAUACAUAUAUAUAUGUAUAUAUAUAUAAAAGAAAUAUAUGUAUAUAUAAAAGAAAUUUAGAAAUAAGUAAUUUUCAAUUUCCUGUAAAGAAUUGGAAAUUCUUUAUGUGCAAAAGACAGAAAUUUGUGAAAAACACAGGGACAAUAGAUGUAUUUUUUUUUUCAGAAGGGCAAGGGCUUCUUCAUGAUGAUUAUUGAAGUAUUGACCAUAGAAGGUGCCAGAAACACUUACCAGACUGAUUUUUGAGUGUCCUUAUGAUAACUUUCAUGGCAACUAGAUUGAGUAAUUUUUUAUAACGCUUUGAUCAAUGAAAUAUAUUUCCUUUUUCAUUCACGUUCCUAUUGAUUUAAUGAAGAAGAAAGACCUUUCAGUUAAAAAUGAAACUCUGUAACUUUGAUUUGAGUUAUUACUUAUUGUGGUUUCAACAUACAAACAUACCUUUUUUUUGAUUCCAGAGUUUCCUGGCAGACAUCAAAGCGCACUACAGCGCUGAGUUGGAGUCUGUGGACUUCAAAACCAAAGCAGAGGAGGCCCGGAUCAACAUCAACACCUGGGUGAAGGAAAAGACACAAGGUAGAAGUGACAAUGCUGUUGAAAAUCAAUGAGGACUGUGUUGGAUAAAAAAGAAACAAACGUAAUAGAUUUAAAAAAUACCAAACCCAUUCUAAUGUAAAAUAAACAAAAACAUAUCAAAAGUCAGAUAUGAAAAUAACAUCAUUCUUAAGAAAUGUUAUUCCUGUUUGGGUGACAGCAACAUGUUUUAAAAUCAGCUGGAGUACUUGUAAUAUAAAUCUGUGCAUCAAAGGGACAAGGACCAAAAACCAAUACUGGAUGACCUUCAAGCCCUCAGGUCGCAAUGCAUUAAAAACACAAAUGAUCAUGUGGUGGAAAUCUCUGCAUGCAUCUAUCUUUGUUCUUCUCCUCUUUGUCGUAUAAUUUCCAGAAAAUAAGGAACCAAAUUUCCUUGUAAAUAAAAGUACUGUAGAGUCCAUGGGCUCUAUUUUCGUGUCCACCGGGGACACGGUGAAGGGUGGUGGACCCCGCGUAGUGGUAUUUUGGUCUGGCAGAGCCCGGCGUACAGCCAGUUUGGUAUUUUCUUGGACUGAGGCACACCGAGGUCUGCCAAGCUGGGCGUGGUGGCGAGGCAGGGGGGAGGUGUCGACAGAAUCAGCUGGCACAGUGACAUUUUAGUGCUCACUGCCAGCGUGUAAAGUGUGCUGAAAGUUCACCGAUUCAAAACCUGGUCAGCUUUCAGCGCAGGUAGAGCGCAGCUGGUCUAGUGGUAUUUUGGUAGACCGGCGGCGUAUCGGUAUACGUCACCGAUGCCUCACAGGCAGGUUUCCACAGUGUCAGGCACAUUUCUGUGCAAUAAAUAAACAACAACAACUAAUAAUCUGAUUCAGCACAUAAGUUUAGAUCUAUAUAGAUAUAUUCUGAUCUAUAUGUGAUCUGAUGAGCGCGUUUGGCACGCGUUUGGACACACAACCUGACCGAAUUAACACAGCUGAAACCGCAUUAAAUUAAAUUAAAUAUCUAGUAAAUAGACACACAUGAUGAAGUUAACAAGAUAUGUUAUUCAUCUCCCUCCUUUUCUCUUUUCCUCUUCCUCUUAUUUCUUGUGCAGCUCAACCUGGACAUUAUUUAUUUUAGUGCUCAGAUGAGUUAUUCACUUUAAGCCUACAUACGAAUAUUAUAAUAUUCAGUUUUGUGAGCAAAAUUUAUUUUACAGGCCUACUUCUAUGAAAGAAAGAGCAUGGCCACGGAGUGCGAUGCGCCAUUAUGCACAGAUGUUUCCAAUUUUAAUGCCAUUAUUGGAAUUUAUGUUGUGAUCUGUGCGCACACCCCACCUUUGUCAUGUGAGGUUUAAAUAUAUGCAACUUUAUGUGAGUGUCUUUAUUUGUGGAAAGGGAUGUUUGUCUUACCAGUGGGUGCAACAUUACACACACCAAAUCCAUCUGUGCUUAUAUGAGACAGUUUGGAGGAUGCCCUCUGCAGCGUUUACAGCAACACUUGUUGAGGGGCUGCCUUCUGUCGCCAUCGUGUGGCAUUGCUGUCUUCAGACAUCUCUUGAUCUCUUUGACUACUUCACGAAAAUGGUAAUACGCCUCGCUGGUGGCGGAUUUAGAGGCGAGCAGAGGAGCUUGUGUGAUUGGUGAAAACAGGUCUUGGCUGUGUUAAACCCACUCCAUGCCCUCUCUACUCCCUUGCUACGGCUUAUGCCGUUGGAAGGAGCUGAGUUAGGGAGGGGGGAUACUUACGCCAAGCUGCGCCGCUCACCAAAAUACCAAAUUGUGCUUGGGAACGCCUUGUCGGCGCAGUGGACCUGACCUACGCCACGCAUGCACCGCGUCGUCGGUUACUCAGUCUGAUGAAUAUUUCUCUUCAUCACCAGGUAAAAUCGAGGACCUGCUGUCUCAGGGCACCAUAGGUGAAUUGACCAAGCUUGUGCUGGUCAACGCCAUCUACUUUAAGGGAACAUGGGAGAAAAUUUUUGACAAGGAGCUCACUACAGAUCAUCCAUUCAGAAUAAGUAAGGUAAGACUGCUCACAGACAGAAACUGAAGGAAACAGACUAAAGAACAAAAGAUGCUAAAUAAGUGCAUUUAAUAAAUCUUUUCUGUGAAGUCUGAAUGAUCUGAGCUUAUUUAACUCGGACUUUUUCUGCAGAAUUAUAGAGCAAAAAGCCAGAAGUCCUACUUACAUCAAGGCUACAUGAACAUAAAAACAGAAGAGGAAGCUAAGAUAAAGUAGACACCAGACAGUGUUGAGGCAGUGGAGGAACUUGUGUGACUAUGUUGAUACAGAAUUCAUUCAUUAGUGAAUUUUUACCUGUAAAAUGAGACACUAAUUUAUUACUUAAAAUUGUGAUUUUUCUGUAGAUUUUCCCACAAUAACUGAAUGAUGAUGAACAGUUCUGGCUCUGUUACCAGAAUUUCCAACAUUAGUCUCAAAAAUCCAUCUGUCUUGAAAUUCUAUGUUCUGCUGCAGCUCUGCGUAGUGUGUGUCUUAAGUCAAGGUGCAAAAUCCACUCUAAAAUGUGAGCUGAAACUUGAGUUUUUUAAUGUAAGUUGUGUCAGUGUUAGAUUGCACCAUUCAGACAUAAGGUUCAUUUUGUCCAGUAAAACGUUGACCAGUAAGGUGUAAACUUAUGUGGAUUGAUUAUGUUGAAACUACUUCAGCCACUGACCUUGAACAUGAGUAUAAACUCAUAUAUAAAGUCGCACUUGAACUAAGCUAGACAGGAACCCUAACAGAGCUGGUUUGAUCCAGUGCUGACCUCAGAAGUUUGAUUUUAUAGUCUGUCGUUCAGUCUGCUUUUUAAAUCAGAAAACACCCAAACAGAUGUUUUGAUAGUUUGUUAUUAAUAGACAAUCAAAGUUUAUGAGUUUGAGGUACAAAAAAACACUCAACAGUUCUCUGUUCUCUCAUAGAGUGACACCAAAACUGUGAAGAUGAUGUGCAUGGAGAAGUCGUUCUUUUACAACUCCAUACCAGAGCUCAACAUCAAGGUAAUGUACCUUCAGCCUGUUGUUCAGGAUCAGUGACUUAUAUAAAGAUGGCUGACACAUCUUCCUAUCCUCCCACUAUUCAAAAGUGAAAUCAAACAUGGCAGACACUGAGAUAUCUAACUGGUGGUGACGUUCCAGGUGAUGAGUUUGUGCAGUAAGCAUUAGCAGAGCUGCAAUCAGACCCAGCAGGGGAAACCCAUAUGUUGGUGGUUAUUAAAGUUUCUUGGAGGGGUGCAAUGAUCUGUAAUAGUGCUUGACUUGUGUCUAUUAUGAAACUCUAUGGCUAUGCUCUGCUCACUGUCUGAACUGAAGCAUUUGGAAAUACAUUUAAUAAUGCAGGUGUAGAUCGGGUGUAAGGAUUUCUCUCGAUAUGAGCCUUGUAUGGGUUCAGACCAACUCUUGCCCCCUUGAUGAUUUAGCAUCUAUGUUAAAAGACAACUAAACACAGCUAAACACAUUGGGCUGUAUUUUUGUGCCUGCCUGCGGUGCAGUGGAGGGUGCAAAGCCAGUUUGAUAUUUUCGUAGACUGAGACGUACCAAGGUUCGCCAAGCUGGGCGUGGUGGAGGGAUGUCAACAGAAUCAGCUGGCACAGUGACAUUUUUGUGCAUUGAAUGCUUGCCGAUUCAAACCUGGUCAGCUUUCAGCACAGGCUGAGCGCAGAUGGUCUUGUGGUAUUUUGGUAGACUGGCGGCACAGUGUGCAGACAUCACCAAUGCCUCACAGGCCAAAUUCCACAGCGUCAGACACAUUUCAGUGCAAUACAUAAUUAACAACAACCAAAAUUAAUAAUAAUAAUAAUAGAUUUUAUUUGUAACGCACUUUACAUUUGAAAACAAAUUUCAAAGUGCAACUAAGUCAGCACAUAAGUUCAGAUCUACAGUAUAUCGAUUUAUUCUGAUGUAUGUCUCAUCUAAUGAGCGCGUUUGGCACGCGUUUGGACUCUCCACCUGACCGAAUUUACUCAGCUGAAACUGCAUUUCAUUAAAUAUCCAGUCAAUUGUCACACAUGAUGAAGUUAAAGGUGGGGUUGGCAGGAUCUGAGGAAGUGCCAGUAUUUGGAAGAAAUCUGGAAUGUAAACACUACCCCUCACAACCAGGUUUCCUCUCAGCUCCUCCUCUCCCCUCCCUCUCUGCUCCAACAAGCCCCGCCCACAAACAGACACUCCUGCUUGCUCCUAUUGUAUCAAUUAAAUUCAGAUAUAAUGCAGAUAAAUACUUCAGAUGAUUACAAAUGGGGCCCACUCACCACGAAAGUAAAAAGCAUUGGUGCUGCUGUCGAUGUCAACAGACUACCAGCAAACACAAUGUUUGCAGGACUUCUACAACUAGGAUUAAGUGACAUACUCUAGGUCCUGAGGUAAACAGUUUAGCCGCGCUACAACACACAGCAGGUCCUUCUGUUACAGACACUUGGUUUACUUUGUUAAAGCGGUUUAGCAGAAGGGUUACAGGGUCUGUAAGAUCCUGAAAUGUCCCCCAUCGUUCAUGCUGAUGUUGAUCCGGCUUCUUAGCUCUUGUUCGGUCUACCUCUGUUUGAAGUGCCCUUUAUUCUGCCAGAGUCUCUGGUAUUUACUUCGUUUUAUCGCUUGUGUUUUCAGUACUUUCUGGUUGGUUUCUACUGUCCGAUGUUGUAGCAUGCUAACUUUGUUUGAGCUUGUGCACGUUAUUGGAGUACGUGGAGUGUGCCUCAGAAAAUGAGGGAGCAGCGUCUGCUUCACAACCAAUCAGCACUAAGCACUAACCAAUCAGGUUGGAGCAGGCGGAGAAUGGCUUUGUUUACAGUCAGAAAGAGCGGGUGGCUUAAAAUGCUGACUACACUGACAUAAUAAAACACAACGAUAUCGUUAUAUUACCAAGUGUCAUAUACACCACAAAAAAAAGAUGCUUCUUUAACGGAAUCCUGCCUACCGCACCUUCAACAAGAUAUUUCUCUAUCCCUUUCUCUCUUCCUCUUCUUCCUCACGCAGCUCGACCUGGACACAGCUCUGUGUCCUGUCCCUGUCCUGCUGCUGCUGCUGCGGGCAAGGCUGACCAGAGGAUUUAUUUUAGUGAUAAGAUGAGUUAUUUACUUAAAAAUGAAAAGAAACUUUCAUUUAAAAUUACCCAUUUUGAGGUUUUCUCAUCCUUAAAUUUCUGUGAAUAUUCAAUCUGGAUUUAAGCCCACAUAAAAAUAUGAUACUAUUCAGUUGCUUGAGCCAAGUUCAUUUUAUAUGCCUACAUCAAGGAAAGAAAGAGCCAGGCCAUGGAGCUUGAUGCGUCCUUUACGCACAGGUGAUUUAAUGCCAAAUUUAAUGCCAUUAUUGGAAUUUGUUUAUGCUGUGAUUAAAGGGUGUUUGUCUUACCCAUGGGCACAACUUUCCAGACACCUCUGUGCUUAUUUGAGAGAGUGUCCUCUCUCCGCAGUGCUUGCCACGACACCUGUUGAAGGGCUGCCUUUUGUCAACAUUGUGUGGCAUUGCUGUCUUUAGCCAUCUCUUGAUCUCUUUGACUACUUCACAAAAAUUGUAAUUUGCCACGCUGGUGGCAGAUUUAAAGAUAAGGAGAGGAGCUGAUGUGAUUGGUGAAAACAGGAUUGGCUGUGUUAAACCCACUCCAUGCCUUAUCCCUUCCCUCUCUGCUACUUAUGCCACUGGGAGGAGCUGAGUUGGGGGGGGGGGUACUUGCACUGGGCAGCGUCGCUCACCAAAAUACCAAAGUGUGCUUGGGCACGCCUCAUCGGUGUGGCAGACCUGACUUGCGCUGCACUUACACAACGCCACCAAGGAGGCAGAAAAAAAUAGAGCCCAUUGUCACUUAAUGCUAUAUGAACCAUAUGUUUGUCAGCCAUACUUUUUAUUCAGCCUGUGUUCAGGAUGAAGAAGAUUUCAUCAUGGUUAAAGAAUAACAAUCUUUUGAACAGAUCCUUGAAAUGCCUUACAAAGGGGGAGACCUCAGCAUGCUCAUCUUCCUGCCCGAUGACAUUGAGGACGACACCACAGGCCUGGAGAAGGUAGAGAACCACCCACCCACACACACACAUACACACACACUCACACACACACACACACACACACACACACACACACACACACACACACACACACACACACACACACACACACACACACACACUGUACGUGUAACUAUAAAAUAAACAGACUGACUGAUUGCUGUUGUUUUAUCCACACCAGCUGCAGAAGGAGCUGACCUAUCAAAACUUUGAGCAGUGGACUCAACCAGAAAAGAUGAAUCAUGGUCAGGUGGAGGUGAAAUUUCCUCGGUUCAAGUUGGAAGAGACGUACAGCAUGGUGGAAACCCUGAAAAAGUUGGGAAUGACAGAUCUUUUCAGCUCCUUGAGUGAUUUGUCAGGUCAGAAAUAAAAAUAUACUUUAGGAUGUUGUUCGAAGAAAAAAAAAAUAUGUUGACGAUAACAUUUGCUAUUCACUAUUUGUGAAAAAUCAGCUUGCUUUGUCUCCUCUGGUGCAGGCAUGUCUCCAGUCAAGGGCCUGGCUGUAUCUAAAGUGGUUCACAAGGCGUUUGUGGAUGUGAACGAGGAGGGGACAGAGGCGGCAGCUGCCACAGGUGUCAUAAUGACGUUGACCUCUGCUUAUCUUGAGAAGCCCUUCUCCUUCGUGGCAGACCACCCCUUCCUCUUCUUCAUUAAACAUAAACCCAGCAAAACUGUCCUCUUUGCAGGUAGAUACUGCAACCCAGAGUAAACUCUGCAGGACGUCCGCAGACAUGAGAUGUGAAGGGGGCCAAUAUGUGACACCCCAGCAUAAUUUGUAAGGGAGUAGAUUGAGAUGGUUAUUUGGUCUCUUUGUGGUCACUCUUCUAAACUUUUGGUUGUUUUCUGUUUUGGUUUCUUUCAUUUUAUUGAAUUGCUGUUUUAUUUUUGGCCGUUAUUAAGUUCCUUUUGCAAGCUUUGCAGUAGAAAUGCCUCUUAUAGGUAUAAUCUGUCUGUUUUUCACAUUUUGUGUACAUUUUUGGGGCACUUGGGUGAUUUACAUUAAAACACUGUUUUUUGUGUUUGCAUCAUUUAAGUUUCUAAUGUCUAUAUGGUGACUUUGUCUUUUCUGUGUUCUCUGUGAAGUUGAUUCUAGAGUCUUAAAACACUGAAUUAGACUUAUAAGAGUCAGAUACAUCUACUAAUUUCGUCUCCUCUUGAAGAAGAUGGAGACGUUCUGCUAUUGACUAUUCAAAUUUUUGAGCUGUGCUUUGGGAGAGCUUCUGAGUCAAAACUGUGCUGCUUUCCAUAAAGACAUACAUAUGUCUGCUUUGAUAUGUAAUUGAAAUGUAUUGUGUGCAUUUUGAGAGCUGCCCUUGUACCAAAGCCACUCUGAAGACAUUAACAUAAUGCAAACAGUCAUUACUGUAAUUUCAAGGGUUCAGAGGGUAUAAAUGUAACUAUGGAGCAUCUUUGAUAGAUUUGAUCAGUUGUUUCCACGAUGGUGGCUGCAGCAGUCCAACAGCUUCUCAUAUUCUCUGUACCCUUUUGUCAUCAAAAUGUUCUGCAUGCAUGAAUAAAAUGCUCAAAUAAAAGCUGAUGUGAGUUGGAUGUCUAAAUUCUUCAACAGAGCCACAAGGUUAUAGCCUGGCUGGGCCACCCUGUUGCGUGAAUCACUUGCCGUUCCUUCCCACAAUUCUAUCCAACGUCUUCUGCGGAUAUAAACGAUUUCUGCCGACUUUGCUAAGUCAGCUGCAGAAUUAACAGCGUUCUGAAUGAACAGGGCUUUGAAAAGUCCCCCAGCAUGUGUUAGAUGUCACCACUACACAUGGACCAAUCAGGGGCUGCCUUUCCCUGUUGUCCAGGUAACAGUGGAAAGGCAGCCCCUGAUUGGUCCGGUUAUUUUCUGAUCGGGAAUACACGCUCCCAAUGGGCCGAAGUCCAGACUGUUGUGGGAAGGAACGGCAAGUGAUUCAUGCAACAGGAUGGCCCAGCCAGGCUAACAAGGUUAGAAUUCAAGAAGACUUUAUGGUUUGUGUUUUUCUUUUCAAAAUUUCCUCUUGUGUGAUUAGUGAUUUUGCACCUGACAAAUGGCCCACAUAUCCUUCUCUCUGAUGUCAGAUAAGAUCUCAGAGUGAUCAGCAUUUCAAAUAUGUGUUCAAUUUUCAAGCUUAAACCUUCAAAAAUGUAAGAUCUCAUCAAUAUAGCCCUUUCCGAGGUGUCUGCCCUUAUGACUAAUAUGUGUUCUGUAAACUAUAUUUGUGCCAAACCCUAUAGUUCACACCUAUUGGCAGGAGACAUGAAUCAUAAUGUGGUUGGGUGUGCCUCUUAUUGAUGGGUGUGAUCUCUGAAUGCUUUCUCAAGCUGUGGCAAGAGCUUCGUGAUCCUGGGUGUGUCACAGUCAAAUAAUACACUUAGUCUGACUUUCACUGAAUCACUCUGGAUCUUGUUCUGUCUCCUGGAGCAAUCUGACAGUAAGUACAAAACUUUGGUUUUAAGAAAUUGAUGAUAGGACACGGACAGGUGUAAAGCAGCUAACAGCUCCACAUUUGUGCAGUUUUUCGUAGGAAUGCCAAAUGAUGCCUGUUUUUAAUGAGUACGUUUAAAUGAAUAAAGAUUUAUUGCCUCAUCAAAAUAUCAUGAAGGGUGCUCUGUAAGAAAUUUUCACAAUAAGCACUCCUUAGUAAUUCCAGGGGGAAUUUUUCUUCAUUGACAAGAAACUAUCAUGCAGGUCAGCAGGCGCACAGUAUGGUAACAUGAGUCUCAUAAUCUCAGAGGUUGUUUUCUUCAUAUGGGUCCUGUUGAAUGUGCGCACAAACAGUGACUUGGGGAUAUGGCUGAUAAAAAGAGUCAAUGAUGUGAAAAGAUAAAGCAGUAGUGAUGUUUAGAAACAACUCCCUGAGGUAUGUGUUCUCUAAUAGGCCCCAGGUGAGUUUCUAUGGCCUAAGCUAGGAAACUAUUAGUUUCAGAAAAAUUACGUAGCUGCUAGUACAACUAGUUAACUCAACAUUAGCAUUACUGGAACUUCACUUACUGUCAUCAGAAUAUAUAUAUAUAUAUAUAUAUAUAUAUAUAUAUAUGUAAACACUUUUUCAUAACUUAGUUUCAGAUAAACUAAAUGAGUUUUUUUUUUUAUCAAAUAUGCUUAUUCAAAAGUUUAUCAGGUAAGAUACACAGGCAAUUUAUCUGUCUUCAAAGUUUCAUCAUUUUAAACAAUAUCUAACAAUAACCUAGUCUUGUUUUCACAUUUAUUGACUAUACAGUAUGUCUUGGUCACAUUUAUUCAAAGCUUUAAUGUGGAUUUGAAAGAAUGUUAAUGGGCAAGAGUAACUUUCACAAAGUCUACUUUCAGGACUGUCUUACAGUUUAUUAUGGUCUCAAAAGGUCCAUUUAAAGUAAUGAAGAGGCUACGUUGAUGGCUUGAGAGUGAUUAAGUUCGCAUUUGAUGAGGUAAUACAACACUUUUAGGCUACUUAAUAAUUUCUAUUUUAUUCUCACAGAACCAAAACUUUUUCUGGGACUCAUUGAGUCAGGGGCUAGAGGGGUGUGUGCUGUCUCUUCCUCUUCUGGGAAUAGAGAGUGUUGAGGAAGAUCAGGAUCAGGCUGGAUCAGUUAUUGGCUUAGUCCCAGAGUCUCUUGAGGCAAUUGUUGAGAGGAGGACCAGGUCUACAAAGAUCAUCCAUUGCACUAUGUCUUCAAAGGUCUUGAAAGCUCUUUCAGUGAGCGACUUGUGAUGCCUCGGUGCUCCACGGAAUGACUGAGAAAGUCUUUUGUUCCAGCAGCAGUGAGAAUUUUUAACAGUGUAUGUUAGGGUCUGACUUGGCACUGCUGCAUAGUUUGUAGAGGUUUUCAUUUUAGUAUUUAUUCAUUUUUAUCAGGCUUUUUUUGUAUUUAAUCAUGUCCUUAUCUUUCAUUUUCAUGUCAUUCAUGUCAUUUUCAUUCAUGUCCUUAUCUUUCACUUUACCACUUGUUUUAUUGGCUUUUACUAUUUAUUGUGUGUCUGGUGUUAGUCUAUGUUUUUCUGAUGUGUCCAUGCUGUUUGCUGUAUGUAUGAGUCUUCUUGUCCUGGUGGUGAAACAGUUUCCCCCAUGGGGGAUCAAUAAAGCCCACCUUACCUUACCUUACCUUACCUGACCUGACCUGACCUAUUUUUGUGUUCUUAGGAUUUGCCUGUACAUGUUUGGGAGGUGAUAGCAAUGUUUGAAGACGUUGCUAGGAUACAAACAAAAAAAAACUCAGUAGGAGGAGAGCAAAGUUUGCACAACUUGGUAGCAGUUUGCAAAUUAAUCUUAGAAGCCUAGGAUUUAUGUUUAAAUCUCAAACCAGACAUGCAGCCAUGUAUUCUAUUUACUCUAUUUUCCAUUGAUAACAGAGGGAUGUCAGGUUUUUCUUGUUUUUUUUUUUCAUACUAUAAGAUGAUCUGACUCAAAUACCUUGGUUGCAAAUGCACAAAAUAACAUAGAAAUAGAUUAACUUACAUCAUUAACAUGGGCAACAACAGCGUUGCAUGCCAUGUUGACACGGCAACUGUUUUGCAAGAACAUUAUCCCAAAAAAUCAAACUCUUUCAUUUAAGACAAGGACAUAGAAAUCUCCUGGUUCCAUGCAAAUAACAGAAAUGAACAGAUAUCGUCAGACAGUAGAGUUGAUGUGAUGCAUAGAUGCAUGUGUGCUACAGAUGUGUUUUCAGCAUCCUCAUGCAACAGAUAAAUCACUUCUACCCUCAUGUCUGGUUGAAAAAGCAACAGAUUUCCACCUAAUGUGAUUUUUCCAAAAACUGUUAUGUUUUCCAGACAGAAAAUGGUGACUUGUCAGACCAAAUUGUGCACCAUAUUCAUUUAUCUUUUUCUUUAUGACAGAUACAAUGGCUUCACCAUCAAUAUCCCUUGCCAAGGCCAACUCUACCUUCAAUCUGGCUCUGUUCAAGAAGCUGGGUGAAGACGACAAACAAGCAAAUAUCUUCUACUCUCCUUUCAGCAUCUCCUCAGCUCUGGCCAUGGUGAUGCUGGGGACCAGAGGCAGCACUGCUGCACAAAUGUCAGAGGUAAAAACACACACUGAAACACACAUUUAACUAUGUGUGAGAACUCAGGGCUCAAAAGUCCCAGUUCCCAUGAUAACACACCCACUUGGAGCUGAGUCAGGCAUUCAGAUGUUAUGAACUCAGUAGAUUAAAUCGGAAUCAGGCCACCGCAUGAAUGCAGGAAAAGACAGAGAAAAAGGCGUAGGCUCUGGUUUCAUGUUCUGACGUGCGCAGCAAUGUUUACUUACAGUCUGGUGGAGGAGAUGACAGGACAAGUCCCGGUCAAGAUUUAAAUGGAAAUCUUUUACAAAUGAGGAGUGUCAGGAUGAGCUAAGUACCUGCUCAGCAUUUAUCACUUGCUCGGUCUCCUGAAAAGGGGAGCUGGGGUGUGCUCUGGCUCAGAUUACAGGAGCUGAAAUUCCUCUAAAUUGUCAAAAAAAAAAAAAAAAAAAAGUUUUCAAACAUUGGUUUAUGGAUGUGGCAGCUUAAAAGCUUGUCAUGGGUACCUGAUGUCAUUUCAGAUAGUCACUGGUAAAAGCAAGGAUUUUUUUGUUUGUUUGUUUUGUAAAUUUUACAUCCUCUGUCCUCUUGUCUCCCUUUAAAUUCCUUACUCAAAGGAGGGAAGCAACCCGAGUGAGGAGGCACACAAAUGAGCUGGAAAAGAUCCACUGUGAGCUUCUGUUCAAAUAUAAAAGUGCACUGUCUGCAACAAAGGAAGGGUGGGAGGGGUAAAAACAGUGAAUGUUGUGAAACUGAUGAAUGCAGCAUGAUGUACAGACCUGACGUGAGCUUCAGAGCUCCUCAAAGAUUUGACAGUCUUAGGACGACUAUUAUAAAUCAAGCUUACAAUCUGUGAUCAGCAGAAACAAAGUAAAGUAAUCCUGCCUGAGAGUCAUCAGGGUGGGUGUGUGUACAUGCAUAACUAGGUGUGUUUGUGUGUACAACCCUGUUGCUAAGUUCAUAAGGAGUUGCUUCAGUCUUGGUAAAACAAGGAUUUUUAUUUUCUUUGGGGGCUGAUCCUAUUACCCAAUCAUUGUUCAUGAAGUCUAACCAUAUGUGUGUGAAUAUUACCACAGUGAAUUCCUACAUAUGUGCAUACUGAUAAAAAGUUCUCUUUGUAUAGAGCAGCAGAAUGCAAUGUUUAAGUCAGACUCAGCCUUUAUUAUUAUUUUUUAAACAGUAUUCCUUUUAUAAAAUAAAUACUACUCUAUUAAGAUAUGCGUGGUGGUGUGGUGGUCAGUGCAGUUGCCUCACAGCAGUCAGGUUCCUGGUUCAAAUUCAGGACUUGAAAGGUACCUUUUGCUGCAAUUUGCAUGCACAGGAUACCGCCACAGUCCAAAAACCUGCUUGUCAGGAUAGUUGGAGACUCUAAAUUGCCUGUAAGAGUCAGUGCCUCUAUUUAUGUCAGGGUUUGGGAAUGACAACCUGCCUCUUGCUCAGUAGCAGCUGUAAUCUCUUACCCCCCCUUGUGGCUCUAAGGAUGAAUAAAUCUACGUCUAGUUAGUUUAAAAACUGUACAGUGUCCUCUGCUCUCAUGAGAAAGUAAGCCCAUUUCUGUGUUUGUCAUGUCAAACACAGAUGACAUGAGGCUAGACGCUAUGACAGUUCAAAGUUUUAAAGGGACAAAAAGAUGCCACUGGUGCCAAAAUAGCAUCAGUAUUUGCAGCCUCACACCAUGGAGACGCGGAAAACAAAAGGUGCAGCAUUUUUUUACAGUCAGGUGAAAGCAGAGGUCAAAGGGUCAACUUUGUUUGUCCAGGUGGACUGAUAGGAUGGCCAUUAUAAUAUAAUAAAAAAGAGGGCAAUUAGCUAUUUUACUUUAGAACAGAUGGUAAUAACUGUUUAAAUGUAAACUAUUUCUCUUUGAACAUGUGCUUUUCUUACUGAAAAAUUCAGCGGUAAGUUUGCAGGAUUAAACAAGAGGCGUUUUUCUGACCACUGUUAGAUAGAGUACAAAAAAUAAAUAAAUAAAUGUUCUACACUUUUUUCUCUUUUCAGCUUUUUUUUACCCUUUUACUGAAAGAACAGGACAGUAGACAGAGAAGGGAACUGGAAGGAGAAAGUGGGAGAUGUCGUGACAUAAAGUGGUCAGAUUUAAAGCAAGUGAAGGACAACAGUCUCAGCACAAAGGUGACACCCCCAGAACUAGGGCUUUAUGUUAUACUUUUUAGGUGCUUUGUACACUGCAUUAACUUUUUAGCAAUGACGUUACUUUUGCAGCAUAUUUUGAAAUUUUAUACUACUUUCGCAAUAAAAAGAGAAAAACAGAUGGACUUUUGGAUGGUUCAAUUAUCUCAUUUUUGCUCUCUUUUAAGGUGAGACUUUGCAAAACACUUGUGUAUUUCCACCUGCGAUGUCUGGCUGACAAUCUUCUUAACCGUCACAUACUGUUCAAAUCCUGUACCCUCACAGUAUGUUCCGGGUCAAAAUUGCCCCUUCAAAGAGUUCAAAGAGCAGCUUUCUGUCACAGAAAGUUCUCUUGACUAGUUAGGUCAGGUCGUGUGUGUGUGUGUGUGUGUUUCUGUCAAGGUAAUGAUAGUUUCAUAAUGAUUUGAAUAUAUCUUUUUGAACAACAAACCUUAAAUUGAACACUGUUGUUACUGUUUGUCCCACACUGCUAGAUCUAAAAUCCAUCUAAAUAUAGAUACGGGUCAAAUUUGACCCGUAACAGCCUUAGAGGGGAAAAAUUUGUAGCACAUAAACAAAAAUACACAUGAAUAUUUUUAAAUCAAAUUUCAUGUAUUUUGGGCAACUUCACGAAAAGUCAUCAAGUUUCAGGCUUAAAAAAAUGAUGUUUAGGGUAUUUUUACUGCUGUUAAAGGUCAAAACGGGUCAAAUUUGACCCGAACAGUAUGUGAGGGUUAAAGUAUUUGGCAUGCUUAUUCAGGCAACUUUGCAGAACUUAUAUCGCCCCACAAACAGCAUCACCAAUUCUGCAAAGACUGACUUGGAUUUUUGCAUCAGUCUGCCCUCCCCCAAAAUUUUCCAUAAUCUAUAAUAAUCUAUAGUAAUCUUAAUGAUCGGACAAACUGCCUGUAUUUGCAGGUCCUUGGGUUCAAAGAAGGAGAGCAGUCGAAGGGGCCCGAAGAGCAGCCAAUGGAACAAGAUGAAACACAGGCGUCAGAGGAGCAGCCAACGCAACGAGAUGAAACACAGAAGAAGACACCAAUUGCAACCCUGUAUCAGUCACAGAUGCAGACCCGGCAACAGCUGCGGAUGCAGAUACAGCAGCAAAGCAAGCUGCCGGCAUAUCUGCGCGAGGUGAACACAAAGCCAGAAUUAGAGAAAUGAUAAAUGAUUUGGAGGAUGGUGUUCUUCAGUGAUAAAAACUGACUUCUAUUUCUCAGAAUUUCCAAAUCUGCUGCAAAUUUCAUGGCAAAAAAAAAAUAUUUACAACACAUUUUAGUGUCAUUUGAACAACAAAACAAACAAAAAUGUUACAAAAAUGUGUGUUAACUUUUUGUCUUUGAAUGCUGAUGCUAGGAGUUUUAAAGCUUCACCUUGGUGUGUUUUGUCUUUUCUCGCCUGUUUUAUUAUUUUUAAGUGGUCCAGUGGUCUCGCAAAGAAAUUAACCCCCUGAAAACUUUGAGAGGGUAUUGGAGUUGAAUGGUUGUAGAUGACGAAAACCCAACACCAAAAUCAUACAUUUCUGUCUACCAAUAUCAAUUGGCGGUUAAAUCUCUGAGAGACUUUUAGGAGAUCCCAACAAAUUUUUGGAAACUUUGCAUGAUUCUGUUGUUCAAUUUUAAAAUAAUUGUGAAAAGGAAAUUUUGCAACAUCGUGUAAAAACUUCUGCAACAGCCCUCUGAACUUUGCAGUGUACUGAAAAAGGACUGUUGAAAGUUUCCAAGAAAUUUUUGCACAAUUUCAAGAUUCUUUUUUUAGUUCCUGGGAAACUUUUGCUCAAUUUUAAGGAACCUCUAAGGACCAACUCAAAAAAGGUUUGGUACUGCUGUAGGAACCACAUUACUUUUUACAAGAACGCAAUAUACUUUUAAAAAUCCAGAGCUCUUCUGAGAGAUUCUGAAAAACUUGAGCAAGAUCUUGCCUGACAAAAUUAUCUCAACUUUUGUAAAUUGAACAAUUUUGUGUUGCGUUGCACUUAAGUUGUCCCUGAAAUUACUUUGGAUCUAAGUUUUAAGUCGUUAACAUUUUGGGAUGUUCCUUGGUAGCUCACAGAAGUUAAUCUUGAAUAUUUUCGCAGAAAACUCAUGAGUUUCUCAAUGUUUAUCAGGACAUAAAAAUGUAUGGCUCUUCGGAAGUUUUCCAGGAUUUCACUACAGCAGCAUACCAAAAUUGGCUGAAUCUUACAGAGGACAGUCAGGAUUUUGCAAAUGUUUUUCAGGAGCUCAGAAGUAAAGCAGGUUCUCCUAAAUUUUUUAUCGAAAUCUUACAAAAGUAACAGGUUAUCGCCAAGAUUUUUUUCAGAUCUCAGAGUUUCCUUUAAAACUUUUAAAGUUCACGCAAAUGUUUUCCAAGAACCCCCAAAAGUAUUGGGGAAUAGCACAAGAGUUACUCAAAACUUAAAAGUCUUAUGAGAUUUUGCAAUAAUUUCUUCAGAUCAUCAUCUUUUUCCUCCUCCUUUGGGCUCUGUUCUUUGGCAUUGAGGUCCAGAUUUCUGGAUGAUUUUGGUGUCUUUUCUAACUAUUUAAUAGGUAAGCUCACCAUAAUUUGGCUAACUUGAAGAUCACUCAAAGCUGUGUUUCGCUUCACUUAGUCUCAGCGUGCCUCUGUAACAUGCAGGUCUUCUGUGUGGCUCUUUGCAGUGCCUCAAACCUCAGACGGACAAUGAUGAUAAUAUCCACGCUAAAUUUGCCAUGCUGUUAAAAGAGAUGAAUAAGCAGGACACUUCGCAUGUCCUCAGUGUGGCCAACAGGCUCUACGGGGAGCAGUCCUACAACUUCAUUGGGGUAUGUGCUCAGGUUAACUGGAUAUCCAUGGAGGGAGGAGAUCAAGUUUAUGCUCAUUAUCAUUUAUUUUAAAACCUAUAAUUACAACUAUCUCAUGUUACUUGCAUUCUAUUUCAGGAUUUUUACUUCCUGCUCAUAAGUUUGACUUUCUCAUAAGUAGGACUUACCCUGACUUCACCUGUUUUUCUUCUAGAGUAUUUUCAUACAACAGAGAAAACCGUCAAAAAUCAAUUAAAAAGACGAUAUGAAAAGUACACCUCGUGAUCUCUCUGCAUUUGGUGAAAGGAUUUCAAUGUGAUUUUUAAAUGUUUUUAGAAUUACCUAGCAGAAACUAAAAAGCACUACGAAGCUGAGCUGGAGUCUGUGGAUUUUAAAACCAAAGCAGCGGAGGUCCGGGCCAUCAUCAACAGCUGGGUGGAGGAGACAACAAAAGGUGGAAUUGCUACAAUACAAAAGACAGACUACUACAGUCAGAUAGAGGCUGUCACCAGAUUCUCUUUGUAUUGGACACGGGUGCAAUCUGAUUUAAACGACCACAAUAACACGUGUUUGUGUGCACCUUUGAAGGUCACUUCCAAAACAGUUCUAUGAUUAAACUAAAGAGAUUUAUGGAGUUCUCUCGGAGUGCCCACAGACACGUGACUCAUUUUAUCUUUAGCUAGUAGAUUGUCACCCAAAUAUUCCUACUUUUAAAUGUUUGAUGAAGUUAAAAAAAAGUCCAGGAAUUAUUACAUAAGAAGAGUAAAAAUCACAUUACCCUUCAGGAUAAAAACUUGACCAAAGCCCCUGUGUCUCUAUUUAAAUGCUGAUGACCGUUGAUUUCUGCUCACCAGGUGUAAUCAAGGAGGUGCUGGCGGAGGGAGUGCUGGACAACUCCACCCGACUGGUGCUAAUCAACGCCAUCUACUUUAAAGGACACUGGGACCAACAGUUUGAGGAGAAGUUAACUGAAGAGGCUCAGUUCAGAGUAAACAAGGUAAAACUGCAAAUUUAACAUGGACAGAAGCAGUAAUGAACAAAAAUGUUUUAAACAGUUUCUGUAGGGUCUGUGAAACUACACCUGACCACCAUACUUAAUCAUCCUCUGAAAGCCAGUCAGACACUUUUAAACUAUUAGAUUUGAUGUGAAUCCUAAAACAAAUAAUAAUAGCCUGUGCUGACACACUGAACAAUUAUUCGAACUGUUCUUUACCUUGUUUUCUUUAAGUCAGGUAACUUACAAUUCAUCACAAGUAGCGUCAUUUCAAAAUAAAAGCAUGUUUUCCAGACUACAGGAAAUAAAGCAACCUGAACACAAGGCGGUAAAAGCAUCAAAUAUAAAAGCAUCUCAAAUGAUUGUACACAGAUAAAAUUCCCUCUCAAAAUGUAAACAGAAAUUGUAUGAUGCGGUUGUUAAGUUAGAAGUAUAAAUGUAACAGUGAGGGAUUGUAUACUAAGAAUGAAAAAUUAGUUUAAAAGAACUGAGAGUUUCAGCAGACCCAACAGUUUCUAGCAGAUCGUUAUGGGUGUUUGGAACAUAAAAUCCAAACUCUUACCACAAGACUGCAGGAGGUUAAUCGUGGAAACAUCCAUCCACCCAAUUUUUACCACUUACACCAUUGGGGGGGGGGGGGGGGCCUUGCUGAAGCCUAUGCCAAACUAAAACGAAAAACACACUCAUCUAGUUACAGGAAGUGUUGAACUAACCCAUCAUAUCUCAAGGCCAUGCCAUCACCCAGCCAGAUCUGCUCAUCCAUAACAGCCACUGAUUUUAGAGAUAGUUUAUGGUUCAAAUUUCAAAGGUUAUUUUUAGUGAACUGACUGCAGAUGACUGUUUUACUCUGUUUGCUGUCUGACAGAAUGACACUAAACCGGUGAAGAUGAUGCAGCAGAAGAAAAAUUUUUAUUAUAACGACAUACCUGAGGCCAAAAUCAAGGUAACAUCUGUGUUUCAACUGUUUUAUUCUGCCAUGAAAUUUAAUUGUCCAAUAGUUUGAUCUCAAGAUUAUCAUGAGGAACGUUGGACAUGAUGUGGAUAUAACCCAUGUCAUGUAUUAUUCUUUAAAUGUAAGUCAGGGAGAGGAAGUUUGUGGGCGACACUUUGCAAUAUUCUCUAAAUAUGAAAAAGUGACACCAAAAUAUCCCAUUGUAGGAGCCAGAGUCUGAGGAGUAAACACUGCAUGGUAUGUGGUAUUACUGAUUCCUCCAACUAAAAGCCAUUUUCAACUUGUUAAUAAGUCUACAGGUCUCCAGUCUACAGCAGAACAGAUUCUUGGAAAGUUUAGUGCCAGGGUCCGCGGUCCCACCUCUUUGUGGACCCAGAGCAAAAAAAAAAAAUCAACAACACGCCACGGCACUCUCUCUGAAUGACUGACGCGAGGUUAGACUGGCCGAGAGAGAAAGAGAGCGUGUGUGUGUGUGUGUGCAUGUGUGUGUGUAACUGUGCGCGUGCUCACACUUGCAUUAUGGGCUGCCAUUCCCAUGACAAUGACAAUGACGUGUCUUCUUUGCACGGCGCAGGCAGCGGUAACGUCUUUGCAGCAGGAGCGUUGCUCACACCCAGCACCCGACAUCAAAAUGGCAAAUCAGAGAAAGGUGGACACUAAAAAUUGCUGAUUCACUGACGAAUAGACCGACAAAUAUAUGAUUAUCUUACCUCCUUCAAGCACAAAGCCAACGUGUCUUUUGUGCAAAGCACUGUUGCUCUGAUAAGUGAUAACAUAAAACACCAUUAUGAGAAGUGAUUUUGAUAGAGAUUGCCCCCCAAAAUCUGAGCUACAAACAGAUAAAAUAAAAAGCUUAUUUUAUUUUAUUGAGUAAUACUAAGCAAGAAAGAAUAUCAGUGUGAUGCUGAAAAUGAAUGUUUUUGUGCCUUCCACUAACUCCUGAUUAUUAAGGUACAGUUCACCCAGCCUAAAACUACAUAAAAACAUUAAAAAAACACCAAAAUUUUUCCCCACCACGCAUGCGCUGUGGACCUAUGACUUCCUCAAAAUCUAUUUUCUGGACCUUUUACAUUUCUAAUUGAGAACCCCUGGUUUAGUGAAUUCUACAUGUGUGUAUUUCUGCAAACUCAAGCUGCUCUCUUGCUCUCGAAAAGAAAGUUGGUCACCCAGGAAUAAGGAUCUGCAUGUUUACUCCCUGCACAUUAUAUAGCAAAGGGUACAGUGAACACCAUGAUGGUGGUAACAUGUUAUAAAAUAAUCUGUUAGUACCUGAAUUAUUUUAUUCUGCAAACAGUAAAUCAAUGCAUUAGGCAAGCUCUUUUGCAUUUGCAAAGUACAUGAAAAUUGCCUCAUUGUCUGUAUUUGAAGUUUUGGAGUAGUACUCUGGCACAUUAAUUCUGUUUUUAAAUGACACAGAAAUGUGCUCUUUAUUAUUGCACAAAAUUAGUACUUAAAACUUACUCUCUCUAAAAAAUAAACAGAUGAACACAAAUCAGAAUGAUGAGAUCAAACUUUAAAAUACCAGAAAACAUGCAUUUUAAGUGUAUUUUGAUCUUUGUUCAAGCAUCUGUUUACAUCAUGAAGGUGGGAUGUAUUACCUGUGCUACAGCCAGCCAAUAGGGGGAGCUCCAAAUGCUUUUUGCCCAUAGACUGUAUAAAUCCCGCCUCCGCCAGCAAAGCUUAUGGGGCUGUGGGCCAACUUAAGAAAUUUAUUACACAGAACAUAAUUUUUUCUCCCCCCUGCUUGUGAUGUUGACAUGUAGUUAUUGUAAGACUGGUUUGUGCUCAAGUCCUCUUUUUUCUGUACAGCUCCAUUUUUAAAAGUUAUUAGGGGGUUCAUGUUUUCUAUGAUUGACACCUGGUACAGCCUAUGGGCAUUCAGGGAUUGCGUAGCUCACCCAGGGGGAUACGCUGUUUGAGCCGAGCGUCAUCACAGGGACUCUCGGCGACUGUGCAGCCGAAUGCGCGCAUCGCUACUGCGCAGCUCUGGUUUCAAGGAAGUGGAGAAAAACACGGAAUUACCGAGAGCUUUUUGGCUUCAAAUCCAUAUACAGGCGGAAGGCGGAACCAGGUUGUCCAUAGUAUAUACAGUCUAUGUUUUUACCCAGUUGUUUUGGCCAAAGUUGUCAUAUUUCUUUCACAAUAUGAGAAAUUAAAAAUGUUUUUUUUUCACAGGUCCUUGAGAUGAACUACAAAGGGAGCGAGCUCAGCAUGAUCCUCUUCCUGCCCAAUGACAUAGAGGAUGACACCACAGGCCUGGAGAAGGUACAGAACCAACACACACGCACACACACACACGCACACACACACACACACACACACACACACACACACACACACACACAGUAUUAAAAUAUAAAAUUAACAGACUGACUGGCUGUUGUUAUUUCAUCCAUGCAAGCUGGAGAAUGAGCUGACCCACCAGAAAUUUGUGGACUGGACUCGACCAGAUAUGAUGAGUCAUGGUGAGGUGGACGUAAAGCUCCCACGUUUCAAGCUGGAGGAGAAUUAUGACUUGAAAAAGGUCCUGGUGGAAAUGGGAAUGUCUGACGCUUUUGAUGUCUCAAUGAGUGACUUUUCAGGUACAAAUUAAAUAAUAUAUCCAAGAGUAAAUAUUGAUUCAUUAAUUCAGUUAGCAGUACAUCACUGGACUGGUUUUCCUCUGGUACAGGUAUGUCUCCAGCCAAUGACCUGGUCCUGUCUAAAGUAGUCCACAAGGCGUAUGUGGAUGUGAAUGAAGAGGGAACUGAAGCUGCUGCUGUCACAGCUCCUGUCGUCUCUGUGCGCUCUUUAAAGAUCCCAUUCACCUUCUAUGCAGACCACCCCUUCAUCUUUUUCAUCAGACAUAACCAGACCAAGACCAUCCUCUUUGCAGGUCGAUUCUGCAACCCAGAGUAA